GAGGCGGGGAGCGUAGGGGCGGCGGCGGCGCAGCAGUAGCGAGCAUGUGCUACGCAGCCCAGUAACCAGGGACGACCGCGGCAACCGAGCCCCGGCGGCUGCGGCUCCCAGCCCCGCGCAACUCCUCGCCGUGGCCGCCUGCACCGCCAAGGCCUGGCCCUCGUCGGGUCCCCGAGGCCCCUUGAACCGUCAGCCGCGGUCGCGCAGCGCGCCGGAGCCCCGCGCACGGGACGCGCGGGCACGGCCAGACAAAGGCGCGGCCCCGGCCCGGCCCAGCCCGGCCUGCCGGCCUCCGCGCACCCCGGCCCGACCCAACCGCUCCCGCUGGGCGCCCCGAGCGGGUCCGGCCCGGGGAGCGGGGGCCGCGGCCGCCGAGCAUGGGGAAAUCCAACAGCAAGUUGAAGCCUGAAGUUGUGGAGGAGCUGACCAGAAAAACCUACUUCACUGAGAAGGAAGUACAGCAGUGGUACAAGGGCUUCAUUAAGGACUGCCCCAGCGGGCAGCUGGACGCCGCUGGCUUCCAGAAGAUCUACAAGCAGUUCUUCCCAUUUGGAGACCCCACCAAGUUCGCCACGUUUGUUUUCAACGUCUUCGACGAGAACAAGGAUGGCAGGAUUGAGUUCUCCGAGUUCAUCCAGGCACUGUCGGUGACCUCAAGGGGGACCCUGGAUGAAAAGCUGCGAUGGGCCUUCAAGCUUUAUGACUUGGAUAACGAUGGCUACAUCACCAGGAACGAGAUGCUUGACAUAGUGGACGCCAUUUACCAGAUGGUGGGGAACACAGUGGAGCUCCCAGAAGAAGAGAACACACCAGAGAAGAGGGUGGACCGGAUCUUUGCCAUGAUGGACAAGAAUGCUGAUGGGAAGCUGACCCUUCAGGAGUUCCAGGAAGGCUCCAAGGCCGACCCCUCCAUUGUGCAGGCGCUGUCCCUCUACGACGGGCUGGUAUAGUCCAGGCCCAGAGCUGUGAUGUGUGGGAACCACUAGCCUCUUUCUGUGCCAUGAGGCCACCGCAGCCUGACACCGCCCCUGUGCCCACCCAGCCUUCCUCAUCUCCACAAAGCCAGCUGCCCUUGAGCCUCCAGGCCCUGGUUCUCUUCCCCCCUGCCCUGCAUCCACCUGCCGCCUGAAGCCACUGGUUCCAAUCGUCAACAACCUCCGCUUGUCCAAAACAACGACAAACCGAAACGGAAAGGCUCCAGCCUUCUGCAAAACUGAGCGCCCGGCUGUCUCCCUCGGCAGCCGCCCCAUUCUUCCUGCUGUCCGGCCUGUGUGCUUUCUUUUUUUAUUUCAAAUGGACAUUGUAAAAGAACACAAACUACCUUUUGUUCUAAAGGAUGCUGACCAUUGGGAGAAGGCCUCUGUCUCAGAGAACUCAGUCUCUGCCUGGUCCCCUGAAGUGGUGACCAGGGCCAGUGAGGCUGCUGGCAGCAAGGGUGUUAGUGGCAGUGGCUCACGUGAUAACAGUAUUGUGCGUUUUGUGGAGAAACUGAGGGUUUUUUUUUAUACUCAUAUAUAAUCGAACCUUUUAUUUAUUGGUUGUUAACUCUUGCUGCUACCUUGUGUGUCUGAAACUCCCAGGAUGCUGGGCCUCCGUUUACAUGUGCACACCCUCACCCACCUGCCUGCCUCACUUGGGAGGAUGGUGGCCUGCAGCGGCCAAGAAGCCAAAAAUCUUUUCUUCUUUUUUUUUUCUCAGAUACUGUGCCCCAUUUUUGGAGAGGGGAAGGUGGGCAUUGCUAAAUGGCUAAUGUACUGUUCCCCCAGCUUCUGCUCUGGAGUCCCCACCCCUUGCCUCUGCUCUCCUUGGAAUCCAUAACACUUUUUUUCAAAAACAAACUUGAGGGGUUUUUUUUGUUUUUGUUUUUUUAAUUUUGCAACUUUAAAUUUGAUGUCAACAGCAGAAAGAAAAUGGAGAGCCUUGUUCUGAGAGUAGGAACUAGGAGAGUGUGUCCGGCACACAGUAGAGAGCGUAUGAAGUGGGUUUCCCUGCAAACUGCUGGCCUCAGCCUCCCUGAUGCUAAGAGGCUGGGUAGGUGUAGCAUAUGAAUCCCUCUGCUCUCCUGCCUCUGACUGCCUUUUGCAGUAGGCUCCUUCCCUACCAGGAGUCUGAGAAAGAAGGGCUAGGAGGAUGAUACCAGGCCCUGUUGGUCCUCAGGACUGAGUCCAGAGCCAGAGAGAUGGCUCCAUACUUGUCACCAGGAGCAGCGGACAACCAUGGCUUCUCUGGGACUUUGUAGUCUUUCCCUUCUCGAUCAGCAGGGCUGGAAGGCCUGGUGGUUGGCUUUGUUGAUGUUGUGUGAUUCUUAGCCCAGAGCUAGGGUUCCUGUGUUUGUGACACCGUUCUAUGGCUGUGUUUUCUAGUCCCUGGAGGGCACAGGAUCGUAUGAAUGACAGUACAACCUUCAAAUAGUCUCUGGGCACAGCCUUGGCUGCCGGAGUGUGUGGUCUGCCUCAGAGGCUGACUGUGUCUGAUGCCACCCCCUUUAGUCCCUCUUUAGGAUUCCCCAGACUCUUGAGUUCCUUUGGGCUCAUCCUCACCCUGGGGAGCUUUCCAGGGUGAGCCUCUCAGCUGCAGAGGCAGACCUAAGCUCGCAGUUCUUGCUUCUAGUUUGUGUAACCUCUCUGCCCACCAUUGAGAGGGGGAAAGUGGUCCCCGGAUUUUUCUUCUGCUCUGACUCUCCUGUAAUCUCCACCAUACUUCUGGGAGACCAAAAUCUUCCUUGCUAAUGACCUGUGGGUGAGUAGCUGUCCCCUGGAGGAUUGAUGUCCCCCAUCAAGAGGUGGCUUUGGCUACCUGUCCAUCCCUGUGGGUGGGAAUGCUUAGCCAGUCCGUGCACACACCCUCUUCCUGGGUAGAUACUUUGCUCAUGCUGUGCCCGUUGCUAGCCCACCAGAUCCCACAGGGAAAUUUUCUUUGAGACCUCUUUGGGUCAUCUUCCUGCUUGGUCCCUGACAUGUCCUAGAGAGUAGAUGUGGUGUCGUCGGUUGAGAGGCCCUCUCUCUGGUCUCUGGAGACUUAGCUGUCCCCUCUGUCAGUGGACAUUUUUGGUGGCAUCAAGACCCAGUGAUUCCAAGCCGAGGACAGGCUCCUCAGCUAAGGUGUUCACUGAUGUCUGUGGGUCCAGGCUUCCUCUCAGCAUCUCAGCUUUUUGGUUUGUAGCCUUCAGUGUGGCUUUCGGUCUUCACAGUUUAUGUCCUUGGGUCUAAGCCUCGGACUUUGAGACAGCCCUGGGCUGCCUUUUCCUGGCAGGGUGUCGGACACUAUUUUUGUUCAAGGACGCGUGCUGACUGAUGUCUGUCUCUCUUUCACCAGCAGUUAGCUGAGGCACACAGCACGCCCAGAAUCUGAGGCCAGGCCUCUUCUGUGCAGCCCGAGGGCCUCUCCAAGUUCAUUUCCACAGAGGCCCCACCCCAUCUGAUGCUGCUUUCUUUAGGGGUGUGAUCCAGCCAGUGAGGCCAGGCCCCUGGUCCCUCGGCAGACCCUCCUUUCUAGGUCCAGGAAUGCUGUGACCCCCUCUUCCCAGCAUCUGCUGCCCACCUUGUGUCGACGGUGACUUAGGAGCCUAUCACGACUUUUCAGUAUCUAGCCAGGUUUAAAAUAACAAGGCAAAUGUAUGCAGCAUUGACAUCUCUUUCUUUAAAUGGUCUGCAGUUUGACAGUCCAUUUCCUAGGAAGCUGUGUUUUGUUUGCACUUUGGGGGACCUUGUCUCUUCUAGGAGAUAGUGGGGUAUGCAGUCCCUGGGGAUCCCUGGCAUCUCUCCUGAGAAAGCCCCCACUGCUAGCCAAGCAGAAAGCCUCCAAGAUUCUUUCCAGUGUGUUUCUGCAUUUACAUGAUCUAACGAUGCAUGGGAACGCCCCCUGGUGGUGAUGAGCCGCAGUGGCACCCGGGGAUGCAGUGGUCCAGCCAGAGGUGAGGCUAGAGGUGGGAAGGCCGAGGUGGGGGCUGUGAUUCCAGAGGUCCUGGGUCCCCAGCCCCACAUAUCUGGCAGCGUACCUCCCACCCACACCUCUGCUAGGUCAGCUGGGACUGGCAAGGUAGUUGGCAUAAGGGCACAGUGGGAAGCUUUGCCCUCCCAACUUUAAUUUUUUUAAAAAAUAUCUGCAGAAUAAAUCCAAUGGUUAAUUUUUGAAUGAAUAAAAGGCUUUUGUUGAAUAAA